UGACGAAGAUGAAAAAGUGGCCGGCAAGAUUAGAAUGAGCAUCCACAAAGUUGCCACCGACCACAAGAUACCAAUCUGGUGGUUUAUUCUCCAGAGAAUUCUUGAAGCCUUGGCAGAAAAAUUGAACAGAAAGGUCCUCACCAAAAAAGAAUGUGCCCACGUCUCAAAUAUUCUGGGGUUUACUGAAGGAGAACUUGAAGCGGCACUAUCCUUUCUUGACAAACUGAACAUUUUUCUGUACAAGAAAAAGAUUCUCCCUGAUUUAAUAUUCACUGACGCUCAAGUGCCUUUGGAUAAGUUGUCGGCUCUUGUUGAAAAACAGUAUUGCUUGAAAGUGGCCGAGAAAGCCCCAGCAAAAGCUAUGGAUGUAGCAACAAGUGGCUGCAAGGCAUUCAGAGACAAAGGAAUUCUUACUGUCGAGUUUCUAAAGGAGUUUAAAAAGCACUAUGUGAAUGGAAUAUUCACCGCAAACCACUUUAUAACUCUACUUGAAAAGCUGCUCAUUGUUUCAAAAUUGUCAAACACCAAAUACUUUUUUCCUGCAAUUCUGAAUUGCACCAGAGAAUCUCAAAUAAUAGACUGUCUCACCGCCGCUUCAGGAAUAUCGCCACUGGUGGUGGAGUUCCCCACUGGCUGGGCUCCUCCUGGUGUCUUCUGCUGCAGUGUGUGCCACCUGCAGACACAGGCUGGCUGGGAAAUCAAAAAGCCAACAAAACGUGACAACACCGAAGCAUCAGAAGAAACACCAGUCAACUAUAUCUCACGUAAUUCUAUCACGUUCACAAAGCGAGGCAGGCUUGGCUCAGUAACAUUAAUUGACAACUUCUCAUUCUUUGCCGUCUGUGUAAACGUUGAUAUCAGAAAGAUAAGUGGUGAAAAUUUAGUCAGACACUGCAAGGCUAUCAAGUCCGAGGUGUUUGAUGCGGUCAAAGCAGGUCUACGCAACACUCACCAUCAUGCAGACACUUCCCCAGAGCCUGCAUUUGUCUGCCCAGCUCACCAGAAUGUAGUUAGUAGCACAGAGCUACAUGUGGCCCACAUCUCAGACACAAUGAAGUACUGGAUAUGUGAUGAGGAUACAGAUAUAUCUUCUGAUCUCUCUCCACGUCAGACUGUGUGGCUUGGUGGACCAGGACCAGAGGUACCGCAACCCCAACUUGUUAUUCAGGAUCGUACCCAAAAAGCAGACAUUGGUGAAGUCAGUCUGUCAUCCAUUCCAGCUGAAACAUCAGAGAGGCAGGAGUCUGACUCAAGUAAUACAAAGAGCAGUGGCAAAGUUUCAGGAAACGUUGCCAUGGGAGACCUGAUGAAGCUAUCAACUUCUAAAGGGCGACGCAUAAGGAUCUUGGAAAGAAGUGCAAUGAAGUACCGAGACAUUGGAACCAUCCUUCUGAAAGAUGACACUGGGGCAAUAGUCCCGAGUAUACAACAAACUGCACUAGGUAAUCCAGUUGAGGCUGUCCGGAUGAUAUAUGAAAGAUGGAUACAAGAAAAUGAGGAUCACUCAUGGAAGAAACUGGCCCAGUGUUUCAGAGAUGUCCAGCUGAACCCUCUAGCCAGAGAUAUUGAGCAACGCUUUGGAUUUUCCUCACCAGCUCGGUCACAAGCUCACCCUUCUCACCAGAUCAUUGGGAAUGCAGACGAAUCAGUCAGUGAGGAUGAUACAAGUAUGCCCACACAGCGCACAUCGGGAGCAUCAGGUUUAAAAAGAUCUGCUGGCAGUGACACUGAGUCACCCUCAUCAACACGGAAACAAAUACGCACAAGUCUCAGUCAGGGUCUUGAGACUAAGUCUCCCACUCCCAGACCAAUAGGGACACAGUCUGAGAUGAAGGACACAGGGAGUGAGAGAGAUACAGCCUCCCUACUGCAGUCUGAGGGAGGUCGGAAACGAAAGAGAGUAACACAACCUCCUAAUGAACCUACUCCAAAAAGGACCGCGAGAGGAGAGGGGAAACCCCUCCCCCACAUGUUGUCCCAAGAGAGGGAGGAAGGAGAGUUUCUUGGAGUGGGCGGAGCUAGACUCGAGGUCGUAGGUCGCCGUGAGGUUGGUGAGGAGGGCAGGCUAGAGGGAGGAGGGAGGACUCCAUCUCACCACUCCCUCCAACUCUCUGAUACACUGUGGGAAGGGAGAGCUCCGGCACCACUUCCACAGCCUUGUGGUGGAGAAACUAUAUCCCAAACAAACACAACAAUUCUUGGCAUAGACAACUUGGUUGAUGUGCAGAGUGAGUUGGAGCCAGUAACUGACAGAUGGAAACACAUUGGACUGGCCCUCAGACUGAAUCCUAGCGAACUAAAGAAGAUAGAGAAAGAGAACAGAGAUCUUGAUGACUGUCUGAUUGAAAUGCUGACUCUGUGGCUGAAUAAAAAUUACAACACUAAAAGAUUUGGAGAGCCGUCAUGGGAGCUACUGGCUAGUGCAGUAGAGAAGCGUACAGGAGGGAAUAACGCUGCACUUGCUGAGAAAAUUACUCAAACAUAUGGAGGUGGUGUUUCCCCCUCAGCUCCAGCUCCGUAGCUGGUGCAUUUCUUCUCAAGGACUCUGUAUGUGUUUGUGUUUUUGUUUGUUGAUGUGUGUGCGUGCAUGUGUUCGUGCACGAGUGCAUGUGAGGUGUGUGUGUGGGUGUAUUUGUGUUUAUUCUCAUCGUAUUAUAAUUAUGCAUGUUGCUGUACUAGCCACAAGCCUAUAGUGCAGCAUCAUAAUAUGGACAUAACUUGUGUUUUCAUUUACCUGUAUACACCACCCAACACUCUGAACCUAUUGACUGUGUGAGAUGAAAGACUAACCUGCCAAGGAGUCUGUUACAUUUCUGCCCAGUUCUAAUCCAGAAAUACAGUGAAAAAGAAGAGGGCAAUUCUACUUUGGCAACGAUCAAAGGGAAUGAAUGAGGUGUCUUAUAUGACUUGGUAGCUAUCCCAAGAGGAGUUUGGAACAAAGAUGGGUGGAAACUAAUACCACCUACAGAAAGGCUUUGGAAGUACUCUUUUGGGUCUGCAUAAUAGAAAACGUGUGGAUGAUUAUCAACCUGGAAAGUUAAGUCCAUUAGCUUACAAUUAAAACAACUUUCUGACUGACGUGCUUUAAAUCGGCACGUUGAUUUAAAAAGAGCUGAACAAUCAAUCUUUGCCACACUCAUAUCCAAAGUUAGAAAUCCACACCAAAGUGUAUGUGCUUGCCUCAAUUUUGAUGUACACAACCAAAGGGGAGAAGUUGACAUUAUUACUCCGCCAAAUGCUGACUUUAUUGGCACAAACUAUGUGCAUAAAUUGUGCUGCUUCAUCGGGCUCAAAAUGGCCUUCACAAUCCAAGAAAAUAGUCUCUUGCUCCAAUCUCCCAAUCAAACACAUGUGUAUAAUAUACACAAUUUAGCACUCAAAUUUUGGGUGAAGUAAUGAUUUAUAUCGACGUCGCUUAGCCCAACUAAGGGCAUGGUGGCUACCAGGUCCAAGAAAGAUCAAAACAAGGUGGCAAGACAUUGGAAACCUCGACUUUAAUGGAUGGGGCAGACGAACAAAUAAAGGCUAUAAGGUUUAAUACCGCUGUAGAGCCACAUUAAGGCAAUGGAUUCCAGCCAGUUACUUGGGCCAUUUAAUAGAGAUACUGGAAGAUUUUGACUUUAAAAACUUGGCAGCCGAUAUCAGAAGCUCGCUCAGCUCCGCAGAGUAUGUUGCAGAGAGCCAUGAUAGACAGACUUUUUCUGCAGGCAAAAUUAAACCUGCCAAGUUCAUGUGCAAGAAAUUAGGAUUAUUUUUGGUUGUUUCGUGGAUGUUUGUAGACUAUUACAGUCGUAGUGAUCAAUGUGAGUCAUGUGAUUAUGACUAUUUUCAAGUGCUGCCAGCAGUGCACAAAUCAGGAAAAAUCCUAAUGAGCGACACGAUUAUGCAACAAGUGGCGUGAAUUAUACAUCAGUUUUGCCCUGGGGUUUGGGAGCAUGCAAAUUGGAUUGUAAAAAUUAAUGUUUAUCACAGCAAUCAUUAGUUCUCCUGGUCAAAGUCCAUAGGCUGGUAGUCGGGGAGCUAUCAACUUCUAAAGGGCUACGCAUAAGCAUCUUGGAAAGAAGUGCAAUGAGAUACCGAGACAUUGGAACCAUCCUUCUGAAAGAUGACACUGGGGCAAUAGUCACAAGUAUACAACAAACUGCACUCAGUAAUCCAGUUAAGGCUGUCAGGAUGAUAUAUGAAAGAUGGAUACAAGAAAAUGAGGACUACUCCUGGAAGAAACUGGCCCUGUGUUUCAGAGAUGUCCAGCUGAGCCCUCUUGCCAGAGAUAUCGAGCAACACUUUGGACUUCCUUCACCUUCUGAUCGAGUGACACAGGUGAUGGGCAUACCAGAGAGAGAUACCUCUCAAGACCAACAGUUCUCCAAAGAAAAAGAUGUGCCGGUAGUGUCUCUAGCCAACCCACAGGGCGCACUUGUUCAUCAAAACAGAGACACAGAGCAUCAAGCGAUGGUCUCGAGGCCAGAACAAUUGGAAGUAAAUGAUGAGACAGUCGCUCCAAUGGAUACAGCAGCUUCCCCACCACGAGCUGAGACAGGAAUGAAACGAAAUGGAGGCAGAACUUCAAAUCCAAGAAAAGAUCGGCGGAUGAGUGAUCAAUGAAAAGGACACACUAUUCAAGGUCACAGAAUCAGACUUGGUUUUAUGUAGCUGCCCUCUGUCUUGUUAUCAUCUAAGAACAAGAGCGUUCUUAUUC